AAAUAAAUGUAUCACGUAUUUUAUAUUUGACGAAUGGAAGCCGAAGAGGAAGAGUGCGCGGUGGCGACAGCGUCGGCGGCGCUGUUCGGCGGUACGGAGGGUGAAUCGCACUUUGACGAUGAUGGAAUGGACGGGUCGGACUUGCCUCCAUCUUUCACCAUGCCACUGCUGCCUCGAGGCGAUGAGAGCGAAGACGCAACGGUACCCAAUUCAGAACCUCGAGAAGAGGCCGACACCAAACCGGAAAUCGUCAAUUUUAAGUCCCAGGAGACGAUAACGGAAAGCGCAGAAGAUCAGGUGACUCAGACAGACGAGCAGCAUCCAGAGACCGCCACCACAGACGGCGAGGGUCCGGGUGCCGCGGACCAACGCGGCUACCAGUGUCGCUUCGAGAACUGCCUCAAGUUCGCCCAGGGAGGCGGCCUCUGUAUCGCCCAUGGCGGUGGAUACCGCUGCCAGACACCAUUCUGUGCCUUCUUUAACUUACGCACAUGUCCAGAUCAUGGAGGCUCCAAACGUUGUGGAGUCACAGGCUGCACACGAGUAGCUCAGGGCACAUCAGCGCUGUGCUGUGCUCAUGGGGGAGGCCGGAAAUGUUCCGUUAAGAAGUGCGACAAAUACGACGCUGGACAAGGACUCUGUCUGGCUCAUGGUGGAGGACGAGACUGUACGAUGAACGGCUGCACCAAGAAGGCCAUUCGCUACGGCCUGUGCAGUGGCCACGGGGGACGAGCACGCUGCAAGGUGGAAGGAUGCGAGAAGUAUGACCGAGGCCAGGGCAAGUGUAAGGCGCAUGGCGGCGGCUACUUCUGUAAGGUACCAGGCUGUAAGAAGAAGGAUAAGGGCGGCGGUCUCUGUGUUGCUCAUGGUGGAGGCAAGAAGUGCUACGUGGAGGGGUGUACUACACCUUGCGUUGGUGGAGGUCGUUGUAAACUGCACGGUGGCGGUAGACGAUGCCAAGCUGAAGGCUGUCGCAAUUGGGCUCUCAAUGGCGGUCGAUGCAAGCAACACGGAGGUACAGGCAAGCGCUGCUCGCGUCGUGGGUGCGACAAACACGACCAAGGAGGCGGAUACUGCCUUGCACAUGGUGGCGGCUUCACAUGCACCUUCCCGGACUGCACCAAGAAACAGAUCCGCUUUGGACGAUGCUGUGCACACGGUGGGAAGCCUCGGUGUACCGUGGAGGGCUGCGAGCGUCUCGGACAGGCUCGAGGACUGUGCAAGGCUCACGGAGGCACGAAGCCUUGCAACUUUCCGGAUUGUACGCGCAAAGCAAACAGCGGAGGCCACUGUAUUCGUCAUGGCGGUGGAGGUCGCUGCAAGACUGAGGGAUGCGUCAAGACGAACCGUGGCGGAGGCUACUGCAAAGCUCACGGAGGCGGGAAGAAGUGCACUGUACCGGAAUGCAACGAAUGGGCUAUCGGCGGCGGCGUGUGUCCACAACACGAACUCUUUGCUGCUGCCGCAGUUGUCUCUGUGUGACGAUGGCAGCUUGAAAGAACCACCAUAUCUAUGCAUGCGUAAGAUUUUUGUGUAUUUUGAUCUUGAAUCGGCUCGCCUUCUGUCUCUUGUUGAAAUCGACAUCAGCAAACUUCCAGAGCUGUUAACAGCAUCUAGUUGCAUGGUUGCAAGCUUACAGGAACGCGAGACCUGAGUUGAUCGAUUCCACCUCAGCGGGUGACAGCGGCAAGCGCUUGGCAUCACUGAAAGGCAGAACAUCAGCACUGGACGGCUGUACGGGCACCGAGCGCAAUGGUGACGGCGGCAGGUUGAGACCCAGUGGCUUCGAGAGUGGCGAUGGUUUCGGCGGCAGUAGCGAACGCUUGCCCAGGAACUUGAUGAGCGGCACGCGAUGUCCAGACGGAGUCGCAGAAGAAGCAGCAACGGCAGCAGCGGGUUCAGGCUCCGAUGACGUGGAAGUGGAGGUCUGUGCAGAUGAACUGGAACUGCUGGGGGCCAGCGCGUCGUCCAGCGUGAACAGCGGCUUGCCCACUUCCACGUUGUCUUCUAGCUGGGCCAGCACUUCCACGACGGUACCAGCCACGGGGCUCGUCACAUCCACGCUCACCUUAUAGCAGUUAAAGUGUUAGUGUAUCAGCGUCACAGUAAAAGCCCCAAUAGUAAUGAAUACCUUGUCAGUCUCGAGCACAAGCACCAC